AUGGUUGUUGAUGGUGAAUUGGUGAUGGAGUGGUUGGUUGGAGCAAUUGAGGUGGGUGAGAGUGUGGUUGUGGUUGAGAAUGAUGGUGGUGGAGGUGGUGGGUGCUUUGAGAAGUCAUUCAGAAUCAAACAUGAAGACAACAAGUUUUUCUCUAAGCUUCUUUCAAAGGAAAAUUCCAAAGCUUCUUCUUCUUCUAUUCCUUCUUUUAGAGUUUACUAUAAUGAUGUUCCAAGUUCUGUUCCUUUUACUUGGGAGUUACAACCUGGUACUCCUAAACAUAAUACUUUUUCUGAAACUUCUUUGUUGCCUCCUCUUACUCCUCCUCCUUCUUACUACUCAAGCAUUAAUAAUAAUACCAAUAAAAACUCCAUUAAAAGGAGUUCAAGAUCCAAGAUUUUUCAUGCUUUAAUCAUGAAGUUUAAUCCCAAAAAAUCUCAAUUACCUUUAUCACCUUCUUCUUCUUCUUCUUCAAUAUCAUGGUCGUCUUCUUCACAGUAUUCCUCAUUCUCUGCACCUACAACACCUUCAAAUUUUAACGGACGACGUCGUUUUUGUAGCCAAGAAUCGUCUUUUGAUAAUUAUCGUGAAGAUAUAUCGCCAGCAUCAAAAUUAUGUUUUGGUAUGAGCAGCAAAGCUAGUGCUAAUUCACUCUUUAUGGUGAAAAAAGCCUUGUUUUCCAUCGCCAGUGGUCGUGGAUCUAACUAA